AUGUAUGUAGUCUAUGGUGCUAAAGCCCUUUCGGAAACCGGCUUGUUUGGGAGACUGGAAGUCGUCAAGUCUGCGCGCGAGACGAUUCGUAAUGACUCUCGAAAACAGCACAUAGACGCAGCUCAGAAGGGAAAUCGGUCUGUAGUUCUUCAAGAGAGCGGUGUCACCUUUUUUGAAGAACAAGACCACCGCACUUCUGCUCCACGCCUCCGGUGCAAUGCCACCAUGGAGGACGGAAUUAAAGAGCUUCUGAAGGACUUCAAGUACCGGUCUUCCACCCGCUUUCAGAAGCUCCGCUUUUCUUUAAUAUUAAUAAAUUACUACAUAAAAAUCAAUUCGGUUUUACUAGGGGUCGUUCGACAACUGACGCUGGAGUUGAGCUUAUUAAACAUAGUUUUUGUGCAUGGGAGAAUUCAGAGGAUGCUUUGGAACGUUACCGAGUGGUGUCCAAGACAAAACAAACGAAAUAAAGGAAGGCAGCGUCUUAGAUGGGAGGAUGAUAUUCGAAAAAUUGCUGGAGUUACUUGGAGGAGAAUUACCCAGGAUCGAAAAGUGUGGCAAGUUGUAGGGGAGGCCUUUGCGGAAAUGCAAGACAAUCAAAAAACCAGUAUCUAA